ACUCCUUCUGACAGUCAUACCCGUCCAAUUACAUGGACCAAAUGAAGCCAAACAAAUACAGCGUCAUUUAUUCUACACCAAGUAUGUUGCACAAUAAAUUCUACUCAAACCCCGAAGGACUAUCAAACGGAAUCCAGAUGGAACCAGUAGACCUUACGGUGAACAAACGGAGCUCACCACCUUCAACUGGAAGUUCUCCUUCCCCUAUAAAAUUUCAGACUGUGCAUAGGAGAACUUCACCUGGAUUGACUCUGUCUUCACCCAGCUCACCUCUCAGUAAAUUCACACCGUCACCCCCAGGAGUACAGCCUAUUUCCAUGCCAAUAACAAUCCCACCUGUCAUGGCCGCUGCUCUCUCACGCCACGGACUGAGAAGCCCUGGAAUACUCCCGGUUAUACAGCCUGUUGUGGUCCAGCCGGUUCCUUUUAUGUACGCUCCCCAUCUUCAGCAACCUAUCAUGGUAUCCACAGUUCUUGCAGACGAGAUGGAAACCCCAAGUAGCAUGCAAGUGCCUGUCAUUGAGUCUUAUGAGAAGCCUACACUGAAGAAAACAAUCAAAGUAGAGCCAGGAAGUGAACCAUUGAAGACUGACUUCUAUCCUGAACAAAUGUCACCUCCAAUGAUGACCUCAUUGUCCCCCCAGCAAGUAAUGUUGCAAGAGAAUCACCCUUCCGUUAUAGUUCAGCCAGGAAAGAGACCUUUACCUGUGGAAUCUCCAGACACACAAAGAAAACGCAGAAUACAUCGAUGUGAUUAUGAAGGCUGCAACAAAGUCUACACUAAAAGCUCCCAUCUGAAAGCUCACAGGAGAACCCAUACAGGUGAAAAACCAUACAAAUGCACUUGGGAGGGAUGCACGUGGAAGUUUGCUCGUUCUGAUGAACUAACGCGGCAUUUCCGCAAGCAUACAGGAAUCAAACCUUUUCAGUGCCCAGACUGUGACCGUAGCUUUUCACGUUCGGACCAUCUUGCUCUUCACAGAAAACGCCACAUGCUAGUCUGAAUGUCUUCUGUCCCUUACUCUUGUCACACCUUUUUUUUUUUACACAAGCAUUUUAAUUUGGAUUCAGCUGGUCUGAGUCUCUUGAGUUUAUACCAUUAAAGGCUUACGUAUGGUCAGUAACAGAUGUUAUCUAACCCUUCUAUGUCCUUGCCACGGGUCAGACCUAAAGAAUGUGAACACUUUUUUUUUUUUCUCCUGGGGAUGCUAAGCAAACCCUUUCUGCAAACAGUAUGUUUAAUGUAUUCCAUUGUGAAUAAGGGAAUUUGUAAACUAACAGCUUUUGUUGGUUUCUUCAUAUCAUCAACCCAGCAUAUACUGAUAAAGUAGUAAAUGUUGUUGAAUAUCCAAAA